AUGUCGGAAGGCGCGCGACGUGCGAAGUCUCUCGACGGCAGCCCGCGCGCUUCCAUGCAAGUGUCCGGCAGCGGCAGGGCGGCUGGUGUGGUGGGCGUGCAGGCUGCACCGCCCCGCCGCUCCCCCCGCACCGGAGCCCGACCCCCCCUCGCCCCCGCUGUUUAUUCUCGGCCGAGUGGCGGGGCGACAGUCGCCCGCGUGACGCGCAACCGAACGUACACGCGUCGUCAAUCCGAGCAGCACACAGACCGCGAGAGGUGCAUCCGUUGUCGGACGGCGUUGAGGGGAAAAAAAUCAACACCGCACACGCGCAAAACCGCGGCCGCAGGGUCAGUUUCUGAGGCGAGGCCCGCGCGCAGGGUGAGAAGCGGCGUCGCGGAAAAUGCAUUUCCCGGGUGCAUAGCGCAGGCGGCACGGACCGAGGGGAGGGUGCAGGCUAUGAUGGACAUCGUAUUGAUUUCUAUCUGCCCGCGCCUCCCUUAUUGUGGCGAUGCAGGGCGCGCCAUCGAUCGUUGCACCGGCCCUGAAUUAACACCCCGCGAUCGGCUCCGCUCGGCGAAGCCAGAUUUUCGCUCUAUGGCGGCGGCGGGCGCGCGCGUGGAAUGCGCGGGAGUGGAUUCGUAUAGCUCGCGAGCACGCCCAGACUCCGCCGUGCCGCCCUCAGAACUCCCGGCCAUGGCGACCGAAACCGGCGGCGCCGCGGCCGAACAGCAGUACUCGCUGCGAUGGAACGACUUCCACUCGGCCAUGGUCUCCUCGUUCCGGCGGCUGCGCGACGAGGAGGACUUCGUGGACGUGACGCUCGCGUGCGCGGGCGCCACCUUCUCCGCCCACAAGGUGGUGUUGUCGGCCUGCAGUCCAUACUUCCGGAGGCUACUGAAGGCCAACCCGUGCCAGCAUCCCAUCGUCAUCUUGCGGGAUGUACACGAUAAGGAUAUGGAGAGCUUACUCAGGUUCAUGUACCAGGGCGAGGUGCACAUCGGCCAGGAGCAGCUGAAGGAGUUCCUCCGCGCCGCGCAGCUGUUGCAGGUGCGCGGGCUGACGGACGUGCCGCCGCCGGCGCCCGCGCCCCUGCCCAACCUGGAGCAGAAACCCUCGCCGUCCGCGUCGUCGUGGACGGAGGGCAGCGUAUCGCGGGAGGGCGCCAGGGAGGGAGGGGCGGGAGGGGCGGCGGUCGCGGCGCGCGGAGGACGGAGCGGCCAGCACGCCGCCCCCCAAAAGGGCUCGCUCCUCGGACCUCUACCAAGCGCAGAUGAAGACCAGGUGCGUACCAACAACCACCCC